AUGCUCCACCUUCGGGUUACAGAAUCAUCAAGUACCAUGCCAGAGCAGAGUGUCACAGCUCAUGUAACGAUGGCCGCCACACAAAAUCGUCGUCUUCAUAGCUCAAUAUUAUUAUCCACCGCUUCAGUGAGAAUACAGAACGAAAACGGCCAUUAUAUUACAGUAAGGGCACUCUUAGAUAGUGCUAGUCAAAGCAGCUUUAUCACGGAAGGCUGUGUAAAGCGAUUAGGUCUGAACCGAAUGAAGAGUGAGGUUAUGAUACAAGCACUAGCAGGUACACGGGUACCAGCAGUAAGAGGGAAAACGAAUGUAGUUGUAUGUCCUGUUAGUUGCGAUGAACCGCGUUUCACGUUAGAUGUCUUGAUACUAACCCAAAUCACCGGAUCCCUUCCCUCAAACCGUAUCCAAGUCGAAUCGUGGCCUCACCUGGAAGGAUUGAACUUGGCAGACCCACAAUAUAACGAACCGUUACCGAUCGACCUGUUGAUCGGAGCAGAUAUGUUUCCAUAUGUCGUAUCGGGAGAAAAAAAACAAGGAGAUGUUAAUCAGCCGAUAGCAUUCUCUACUGUGUUUGGGUGGGUACUUAUGGGUAGAAUUUCCAGUCCAGUCGCUUCUAUACCUGUUACCAUGUGUUCAACUUUGGAGUCCAUUGACCGGACUUUUAAACAAUUCCUAGAAGUAGAGAAUGUACCAACCGUGGUAAAAAAUACGCCAGAGGACAUUGAAUGCGAGGAAAUAUACAAGGAAACUACCAAUCGUCAACCGGAUGGUAGAUAUAUUGUAAACUUACCGUUCAAGCAAAAAUUACCUCUUUUGGGUAGCUCCAAGGAUCAAGCGUUAUGUCGACUAAGACAAUUGGAAAAUAGAUUUCAAAAAUCACCUGAGUUACGAAAAGAGUACAAUAAGGGAAUGCGAGAUUACUUAGAUACUGGACAUAUGUCAGAAGUAGAACAUGAGCAAAAAAGUGAACGUAAUUCUUACUAUAUUCCACACCAAGCAGUCGAACGACCUGGGAGCACUACCACAAGAAUGCGCAUUGUUUUUGAUGCCUCAAUGAAGACAAUCUCUGGGAUGUCAUUGAAUGAUCAUCUCCAUUGUGGACAAAAACUUCAACAGGACUUGCCAGGUAUAGUUUUACGAUUCCGUCUUCACCCUAUUGUAUUCACUGCAGACAUAAAACAGAUGUUUCGGCAAAUAAAUGUCACCGAAACCCAUCGAUCUUAUCAACGAUUGCUAUACCGAUUCUCAUCCAAUGAAGACAUCCAGGUAUAUGAAAUGAAUACCGUUACGUUUGGGUUGAGAUCAUCACCUUUUCUCGCUAUACGAACCCUUCAUCAAUUAGUCCAAGACGAAGCAACAAAUAAUCCAAAAAUACAGACUAUCGUAAAACGGGACAUGUAUGUAGAUGAUAUAGCCACUGGUGCUGAAAACGAAGAGGAGGCCAUAAAGAUGCAACAAAAUCUAGUCAGCAUAUUCGCAAAAGGACAAUUUGAGUUGCGAAAAUGGUCCAGUAAUUCAAAGAAGCUAUUAGAAAAUAUUCCAGAAGAUCAUCGUCAAACCCAUCCAGUCGCGUUUAAGGAAUACGAUUCGGACUACACCAAGGUGCUUGGACUCAACUGGCAACCGCGUGUGGAUUCCUUCAGUUAUAGUUAUCAACCUAACCCUGUGCGAUUUAGCAAACGCGCUAUAUUGUCUGAAAUUGCAAGAAUUUACGACCCCCUUGGGCUACUAGCACCAGUAACCACAGAUUUAAAACGACUUAUGAAAUACCUGUGGCUAGCAGAAGUUGGAUGGGACCAGGAAAUACCAGAAGAAGCAAUUGUUGCGUGGAGAAAAUACCAUGAACAACUACCAGUCCUCGCAACCCUGCGAAUCCCACGUCAAGUUACCCAACCAAACUCCGUGUACGAGUUACAUGGAUUCAGCGAUAGUUCCGAGGCCGCCUAUGCAGCAGUCGUAUACUUACGUGUAGACUCCGGAAAUGAGGUGACUUGCAAACUACUCAUGGGAAAAUCAAAAAUAGUUCCAGCGUCAAAAAUGUCUAUUCCGAGAUCAGAGUUGUGCGGCGCAUUGCUUCUAGCUCGUUUACUUGAAUUUAUAAAACCAAACCUCGUUAAUCUGGAUAUAGGGCAGGUUAUAGCAUGGUCAGAUUCAACCGUCACCUUAGCAUGGAUAAAAACUCCCACAGCAAAACUGAAGACCUUUGUUGCAAAUCGUGUGGCAAAGAUUCAACAAGUUACCUGUAUUGACACUUGGCGCCACGUUCCUACGGCAGAGAACCCUGCCGACUGCGCUUCUCGGGGCUUAGGACCUAAAGACUUAGCGACGCACGAACUUUGGUGGAAUGGACCAGAAUUUCUCCGCCAUGGCCCUAGCGAUUGGCCUCAAAAAAUUCAAAUGUCACCAACGGAUUCCCUCGAAGAAGAAAUAGAAGAGAAACCUGUUACACUGACUGCUGUAAUAAAGGAAGAAGAAGUCGCACUGUUGCACCAUUCUGAUAACUUACCAAAAAUUUUAAGAUUAACCGUUUAUUUGUUACGUUUCCGAAAUCGACUAAGGGAUAAAACAUUUGCAUUAACCACUGCACUUCCAACAUCUGAAGAAACAGACUUCGCCUUGCAAGCCCUCGUGAGAUGGACACAACAUGUGUUUUUCGCCGAUGACAUCAAGCAACUUGAACAGGACAGACCGUGCUCAAUGAAAUUACGUAAACUUGCUCCGUUCCUGGACAAGCAUGGUCUUCUCAGGGUGGGCGGUCGUCUAGCUAAUGCGAAGAUGCCAUACAAUGAAAAAUAUCCCCUCUUACUGCCCAAGUGUUCACGUCUUACUGCGUUACUAAUUGAUUAUGUUCAUAGAACCCAAAGUCAUCCCGGACCUCAAACACUUCAGAACAUCUUGUGUCAAGAUUAUUGGAUAUUGUCAGCUCGUAGUAUUAUCAAAAAAAGGACACAUAAAUGCAUUCCAUGUUUUCGAGUGAAACCACGCAUGUCGCAGCCGGUCAUGGGAAAUCUACCACCAUACCGUUUAGCACAAAUCAAACCUUUCUCAAAAGUUGGAGUUGAUUUUGCUGGACCGUUUGACGUCAAGGCUGCCAUGCUGCGAAAAGUUAAGGUAACAAAAGCUUAUAUUUGUGUCUUCGUUUGCAUGGUCACCACCGCCAUCCAUAUAGAGCUUGUAUCCGACCUGUCUACCCCCCUUUUUAUAGCAGCAUUAGAUCGUUUCAUUAGUCGAAGGGGUCGAUGUUCUGACAUAUACAGCGACUGUGGAACCAACUUUUUGGGUACUCACAGGUAUUUAAAAGAAAUCGAUGCUAUUAUUCGUCAGCCUAACUAUGCCCAACACGUCGUGGAAAACCAGAUAAAAUGGCACUUCAAUCCCCCUGCAGCUCCUCACAUGGGUGGCCUCUGGGAAGCUGCAGUGAAGUCAGUAAAAACCCUGCUUCACCGAAUUAUAAUGGAUCGAGUGUUAACCUACGAGGAACUGAACACAGUCCUCCACCACGUAGAAGCCACGCUUAAUUCUAGACCCCUAAGUGCAAUGUCUUCAGACCCCAGCGAUUUCAGAACGCUGACAGCUGGACAUUUCUUAACCAUGGAACCUCUUGUCGCUAUCCCAGCACCCAAAGAACCGGACCAAUCCAUAAUGAUAAGUCUACGUAAACGAUGGUCACUAGUUCAGCAAAUCCAACAUCAUUUUUGGAGCCGUUGGCAAAAGGAGUACCUCCACACUUUGCAAGAACGACCAAAAUGGACUCGAGUCACCCCCAACCUUCAGAUCGGGGACCUAGUUAUCGUCAAGGAGCCCACUCCACCUCUCACCUGGAGAACAGCAAGAGUGAUUGAAGUCCACCCGGGGAUGGAUGGAGUUGUCAGGGUAGCCAAAAUACAAACCGCCACCGGUAAAGUGCUAACCCGGCCCGCAGUCAAGUUAUGUCCGAUGCCACUUCAUGAUUGA